AUGAGUCUUUUUAAAAGAUAUGCUAUUGGUGCUUUUUUUCCUAAGUUUAGAAUAGUUGCUUUAAAUUCAACUUGGGCAAAUGUUAAGCAAGGUCCUCUUGAUCCCAUUUUAGGAAUUAAUGAAGUCUUUAAUCUUGAUAAAAGUAGUUUAAAAGUUAAUUUGGGUGUUGGUUCAUACCGUGAUGAUAAUGGAAAGCCAUAUGUUCUUCCUUCAGUUAAACAAGCAGAGAAGAAUAUUUUUGCUGCAGAUUUGGAUAAAGAAUAUACGUUGAUUUCUGGUAUUCCAUCUUUUACGAAAUAUGCAGCAGAAUUAGCGUAUGGUGAAAACUCUGCACCUUUGAAAGAAAACCGUAUUUCAGUUGUUCAGUGUAUUUCAGGGACAGGUGCAUUACGUGUAGGUGGGGAAUUUUUGAAUAGAUUUUAUUCGAGUAAAAAAAUAUAUCUUCCUACACCGACUUGGGGGAACCAUACACCUAUAUUUAAAGAUUCAGGGUUAGAGGUGCAUAGAUAUCGAUAUUAUAAUAAAGAUACUAUUGGCCUUGAUCUUGAAGGUGCACUUGAAGAUAUUCAAUCUGCACCUCAAGGGUCUAUUAUUUUGUUUCAUACUUCUGCACACAACCCUACAGGUGUAGAUCCUACGCAAGACCAAUGGCAUCUUUUUUCAGAUGUUAUUAAGUCAAGAAAUCACUUUGUAUUUUUUGAUAUGGCUUAUCAAGGAUUUGCAUCUGGCGAUGUUGUAAAAGAUGCUUAUGCAUUGAGGUAUUUUGUAAAGCAAGGACAUAAUUUGUGUGUUAGUCAAUCUUUUUCUAAAAAUAUGGGUCUUUAUGGUGAACGCGUUGGUACAUUCUCUAUUGUUUGUGAAUCUUUGGAUGAAAAGAAACGAGUAGAAAGUCAGUUGAAGAUUUUAAUACGUCCUCUCAUUUCGAAUCCACCUAUUCAUGGUGCUCGAAUUGCAGUAGAGAUUUUAAGUAAUGAAAAGCUUUAUAAACAAUGGCUUUCUGAAUUAAAAAAAAUGGCAGAUAGGAUUAUUUUAUCAAGGAAAUUACUUCGUAAGUAUCUUGAAGAGGAUUUUCAAUCUAAGCAUGAUUGGUCACAUAUUACCUCUCAAAUAGGCAUGUUUUGUUAUACGGGUCUUAAUCCACUUCAAGUUAAGCGUCUUGCUGAUGAAUAUCAUAUUUAUUUAACAAAUGACGGAAGAAUUUCUAUGGCUGGUGUCUGUAGCAGUAAUGUUCGAUAUGUUUCUGAAUCUAUACAUAAUGUUACAAAAUAA